AUGAUUGAAUCAAUAUUUUCUCAACAACAAAUUGAGCAAGAGAAAAAAGAAUCAUUAAAUAAUAAUAAAUUAAAUAUUUAUACUGAAGAAAAAGAGGAAGAGGAAGAACAAACCCUUUCAUCUUCUGGUAUAAACAAAACUCCAAAUAUUAAUUUUAACGAAGAUAUUGAUAAUAAUAUCAAUAUUGACAAUAUUAACAAUAUUAUCGAUAAUAUCGGUUUUAUUUGUAAUAAUAAUAAUAAUAUUAAUAAUAUUAAUAACAAUAACAAUAAAAGUAAUAAUUUUGGUCCAACCGAAAUGACAGGAUUUGAUAAUUCUGAAGAGUCAAGUGACAGCUCAGGUGAUAUUUCUAUAUCAUCUGAAUUUGAUUCACAAUCAUUGUCUAAUAGCACUAGAAAUGCCUUUGUUAACCACCAUAACAAUCACAAUCACCAUAAUAGCCAUAACAAUAAUAAUAAUAAUAAUAAUAAUAAUAAUAACAAUACUAAUAUUAAAAACCCUCCUAUUGUGCCAACGAUACCUUUAAACCUUUUACAAGAUACCAAUACAAAUAGUAAUAAUACUGAACAACAACAACAGCAACAACAAAAUAAUUCACCAAAAUCUUCAAGAUCAAGGGGCAACACUCCAAAAAAAGAGAAAUCAUUUACAGAUACUCUUAGUUUAAUCUCCCCAAGAUCCAUAUUAGGUAAAAAGGAUAAAAAGGUAAAACAACUUUCAUCAUCACCACAAUCACCACCACCACCAACACUAGAUGAUAAAAUUUUAAAUUCUGCUUUGGAUUCAUCUUUAUUGGAUUCAAAUAAUAAUAAUAAAAAUAAUAGUAACAAUAAUAAUAACAAUAAUGAUAAUAAUGAAAAUGAAAAUAAUAAUGGAAAUAUUGAUAAUUAUAACAUUGAUAAUAAUGUAGAUAAUAAUAAUAAUAAUAAUAAUAAUAAUAAUAAUAAUAAUAAUAAUAAUAAUAAUAAUAAUAAUAAUAAUAAUAAUAAUAAUAGUAAUAAUAACACCGAUAUUAGCAAUAUUGAUAUUAAUACAGAAAUAACAGAGAUAUCACCAUCAACUCAAUCAUUACAAACUUCCUCAUCGAGUAUAAAUAAACCAAUUUUGGUUAUUCCACCUCAAACUACUCAGCAAGCACCAAAAAAAAGAUGGUUUGGCGGUUUAUUUAGUAAAAAACAAAAGAAUCCAGAAAGUGAUAACAGUACUAAAUCCGAUAAUAAUGAUAAUAGUAAUAAUUAUAAUAAUAGUAUAUUGAAUACACCAUCAACUCAAUCAACACCAUCUACAUCGUCAACUCAAUCAACACCACCAUUAAAUGAUUUUAAAUAUCCAAUGAAUAAUAGUAAUGGUGGUAUACCAAUUUAUAAUCAUAAUCAUAUUGGUGGUAGUAUUAAUUAUAGUAAUAAUAAUAGUAAUGGUAAUAAUAAUAAUAGUAAUAAUCACAUAGCAUCAUUAUCAAUAUCAUCAUACUCACCAGGUGGUGUAGUAUCACCCUUGGUCCAACAACCAUCACCAUCUUAUCAUACUAGUUUAGUUAAACCAAAUGGUGUUUAUAGAAAAGGAUCAUUACCAAACACUAAUUUACUUCAUAGAUCAUUGACCAAUCAAAAUGAAGUCAAUGCAUUAGGUGGAAUAUCAUCGUCAUCUUCUUCAUUUUCACCAAAUAGAGCCUCACCAUCUUCCAUAUUUAUAAAUAAAUUAAGUUCUAGUGGAAAUUUUAAUAGUAGUAAUAGUAAUAAUAAUAAUAGUAAUAAUAUUUAUCAUCAUAAUUUAUCAGAGACAGGAUCAUCAUCACCAAAAUUAUUUAUUAAUAAUCUUCAUGUAAAUAAUAAUAAUAAUAAUUUAGGUUUAUCAUCCUCAAGUACACAAGUUAUGUCUUUUUCAUCAGAAUCGGUAUGGGCAAUGAUCUCAUCGAAUUGGGAGGAAUGGUCAGAACCACAUUUAAGACCAAUUCUAACUAAACAUGUCCAUCAAGGUAUUCCAGAGAAAUAUAGACCACAAAUUUGGUAUCACUUUUCAAAUAUGAUACCACAACCAUCGAUAAUACCAACUUGCUCCGUACUUGCGUUAUCUCACUCUUCAAAUAAAAUUAAUACAAAUGUUUCAACGUUAACACCAUUAUCAACACCAUUAUCAACACCAUUAUCACAAACACCAACUUUUAAAUCUUCGUCAUCAACUUUAUUCGAACCAAAUAAUAAUAAUAAUAAUAAUAAUAAUAAUAAUAAUAAUAAUAAUAAUAAUAAUAAUAAUAAUAAUAAUAAUAAUAAUAAUAAUAAUAACCAAUUUUCAUCAAUUUCAUCAGAUUCUGGAAGUGUUCCAAUAACUAAUGGAAUUGGUAAUAGUGGUUCUUUAAAAAAAAGUUCAAGUAGUAGUAGUGGUUUAAAUAAUAGUUUGGGUAUUCCAUCACUACAACAUCAACAAUCAAUAAUGUCACCUUCAAUUUUAUCUGUAAAUAAUAAUAAUAAAAAUAAUAAUAAUAAUAAUCAAUCACCAAAAGUUUUAAAUAGGUUAUCGAUUAUACAUUCACAUCCAACAAAUAGACCACAUAAAUGUUUUUAUCGUAGUAUUAUAAAAUUCCCAUGUAAAGAUGAUGAACAAAUUGAAGUUGAUUUAAUUAGAUCAUUUCCAGAGACAGAAAGUGAAUUGGUUGAAAUUUAUACAGGACAAUUAAGGAAUGUAUUGAAAGCAAUUUCUCUAUUUGAUCCAGAGAUUGGAUAUUGUCAAGGUAUGUCAUUCGUUGCAGCUUUGAUUAUACCUUAUCUCUCAGAGGAGGAAGCGUUUCAUAUAUUGGUUCGACUUUUUAAUGGUGUAAUGAGAGAUUUCUAUGGUGUUGGUAUGAAGGCUUUACAAUUAAGAGUAUUUCAAUUGAAAAAGUUUGUAGAAUUAUUAUUUCCAAAACUUCAUGCUCAUUUGAAUGAAAUUGAAUUGGAUAUUUCAAUAUUUACAUCACCAUGGUUCCUAACGGUGUUUGCUUAUCACUUCUCUGAUGAGGUGGCAACUAGAAUAUUGGAUGUUAUCUUUUUACAAGGUUUAGAAGCAUUCUUUAGUGUGGCAUUGGCAAUCUUUCAAAUCAUUGAAGCUGACCUAAUGGAAUGUUCAGAAAACUCUCAAGCAAUGGCUUACUUUAGAAAUAAUACCAAAACAAAGAUUGAUGUUGACACUUUAAUGACAACCGCUUUUAAAAUCAGAGUUAGUCAAACUCAAUUGGCAAACUUUAAACAACAAUUCGAUUCAGGUUUUAAACCAUCGGUUAUAACAGUUUUUAAUCCUGAUGAACUACCUGAAAAGAAAAUUAAAGAUCCAAGAUGGACCGUUAAAAAGUAUAAAUUAAAAGAAAGAAUUUCAAAUUUAGAAGAUGAUUUAGCUCUAUCAAAACAAGAAUUACAUUAUACAAAAGAUAAACAUGAAGAGGAAAAGAAUCAAACAAUUAACCAUCUUAGAGAUGUUGCUGAUCGUGAAUUGUCUCAACAAGAACAUACUCGUUUUUUAGAAUCAAAAUAUAUUCAAAUGGAAAAAGAUUAUCAAAAUCAAAAACAACAAUUGGCUCAAUAUGCAAAUAUAAAUUUAAAUUUAACACAACAAAAUAAUUCUCUAAAAUCUGAAUUAGAAAGUAUAAUAUGGCAAAAUAAUCCAAAGAAAUCAAUUAAAUUCAUUAAAGAUGAUAUUACUUUAAAUCAAAAAAAAUAA